UGAGUGGCAGCACACGCUACACUGCCUGGAGGCUAUUGCCCUCCCUGAAACUCGACUCUGCCACUGAUUACGAUGGCUGCUCGGCGCGGACAUGGAGCAUUCCAGCCCGUCGUCCCCUCGCCGCUCUCGCAGCCAGGUAGUGCCUUGCUCGCGGCGUCGACGUCGUCUGCCCGCUCCACCAUCUCACGUGCUUCUUCAGCGCCAAGCAAAGGCUCUGCAGGAAGCAGUGGCAGUAGAAUCGACAUAUCGACCGCUUUCGGGCACCUGGCAGAUGAAGAUGUGCGCUUCUUCGACCAAGUAGUGAGCCUGCUGGCGCCAGGUUCGGCGACUUUCGCACAGCUCAAGCAGGCGCACAACGACAUCCUGGCCGCCGACUUGGCAGAAUCACUUACUAUGACCGGUAAUAGGAAGGAGGCAGAAGGGGAAGCUCAAGAAAUGCUGCGCGAGAACCGCAGGCAAAGGGAUGCGCGGCUAUGGGACGCGCUGUUGCGCUUGAUGCAGGUCAAGGGCAGCGACUGGAGGGAGAGGUGGGAUGCAGUACGCAUCGGCAUUGGCCUCGAGCCUCGAAUGUCGGAAGAAGAGUCUUUCGCGGACGAAGAUGAGCGAACAGAGACCAGCACUUUCUCAGCAACUCCAUCUGACAACGACCUUUCCGAGGCAACGGUCAGUCCUGCGGAACACUUGCGCUACCUUGGCUCGCCACGCCUUACUCCACGCGCCGGGACAUUCCAUGGCCGAUACAAGCAACAUUUUCCAGUCAUAUCUGAAGAAAAGGCUCAUCGGCUAAGGUACCACGAGAAUGUAUCACGGGACUCCUCGCUUGAAAGCGCUGGCGAUGAGCAGCAACUUGCUGCUACAGGGCGUUACCGUCCAUCGGCAUCUCCGACUCCGCCCGCUUAUGAGGAUGCGACGCAGAGCAACGAUCGCGUUCUCCUGCGUGCAAGAGGAAGCUUGCUGCACGAAAAGUCGGCUGCAGUACCUCUCAUCGAGCGACAAGUUCGCGUCUUACCGACUCGCAGGCCCCUGCUGAGCGACCGGAGCAGUACAGAGGAACAAAUGCCCGUCCGAACGCCACGUGGAGCCGCUAGUCGGCAGUUUAGGGAAUUUGUCGCUGCAAGCAUUCACCAGCGUGAUGCCACUGCUUACGAAGCUCUGGAGCGUGCUCGAGCAGGAGAGGACAGGAGUCUGAGGUUGGCGUCCGCCAGGUACGACUACAGCCUCCUGCGACGCAGUCUCAGCUGGUGGAGCGCGUGCUGUAAACAGAAGGGUGUCCAGCGCGCGUCCACCGCUCGCGCGCAGGACAUUGUCUUCCUGAGCCAUGCGAUGGAGCGCUGGAAGGACUGCGCAGCGGCAAAAAGGAAGAAAGCAAAGCUUGCGGCCAAGGCCGACAACGUGCGUGUCAAGCUUCUCGUCUGGCGCAGAUGGAAGCGCUUAGCCGCGCUGCACACGGACAAGAAGAUGGAGGAGAGGUGUGCGGAGCUCAAGAACGUGUACAAGGAGGUCGUCAGGCGUCAUGUAGCGCGUGCCGUCAGACAGGCCUUUCAUGCGUGGAAGCAGCGCAUCAGGCACGCGAUGGCGGACGAUUUUCGCAAACAGAAUUUACACUCUAACGCAUUUACGCUGUGGAAGAUCCGCGCGGCGCAGAAGAACGUGAUGGGCGCAAGGGAGAAGGCGAUGGCUGCCAAGAGGGGGAGGGCGUUAGUCUGCGAGGCGUUCCAAGCCUGGAGGGCGGUAGCACAGCUACAGUGGCUUGAAAGUGAACAUAAGCGACGCAAGGAAAGCGCUGUUAUCGAGUACGCGUUCGAUGCAUGGCGCCGACAUGCAACGCUCAAAGCCCUCCAGAGAGCUUUUGAGCGUCAUCGCUUACAGCGUGUCGCCAUACAGCGCUGGUGCUCGAUGCUGAACGCUCAUCAGACCUAUCGAAGGCUGGAAAAAGUCGCCGCAAGACGACGAGACCGACGCGUAAAGCGGCUGGCGUUUGCUGUGUGGCGCGCUCGAGCUGCGCAGCUCAGCAACCUGUACAUCCGAGGGGAUGGAAUGCUUGUUCAGCUGCAGCGCAAGCGAAAAGAACAUAUCCUGCGCGUCUGGAGACUCGCGGUGCGUGAACUGAUCGUGCAGCGCAGACGGGAACUCCAAAUUCAAAAUCGAGCUCUCGCGCAAUGGCGACACCACACUACGCGCUUGCGCGAUGAAGCGGCGGUGAAGGGAGAUAAACUUGUUCGGCUGUGGGAUGCAAGGAAGCAGAAACACGCAUGGCAGCUUUGGAAGCUACACGCGCAAGGGAACAAGGAAGAAGAAAGGGAAGUGCAACAGGCAUUCGAGAUCAAAUCGCUCACGGGGGCGCUGGCAGCAUGGCGUGUACGCUUCGUCGAGCAACAGUCGAAUGCGCGCAAAGCGACACUAGCGGAUCGGUACAUGCUUAAGAGACGCGUCCUGGAUGUAUGGCGUGAGGGGCUAUUAGAGAGGAGGGCAUUCAAGCUGCAAGAACAAUUUGCGGAUCGCCACGCUGCGAGGGUACUAAAGGCAUGGACAUCGCGAUUUCGCACACGCCAACACGAGCGCUUAGGCGUGGCAGCGGUGCAAUGUCGUAUCGAAGACAGGAUACAGCGCCAGGCCCUUGCAAAGUGGACCAGUCGCGUGGUGGAGGUCAAGAGCGUGUUGCUGGAGAUGGCUGAUGCUUGCGAUGCUACACUCUUGCUUCAGGCGUUCAAUCGAUGGAAAGAGGCGAUGCAACGUGCACGACGACGGAAGCAGGUUUUGUUGGAGUUGUUAGCGCUUCGGGAGCGAGAUAUGCAACAUCGAGUGAUGCAGAUAUGGCAUGCCGGGGCUCAUGCCUCCCGAAAGCGCCGACAAACGUUACAACAAUAUUCGCAAAACGCGAACCAGCGUUUGAUCCAACGCGCGUGGGACCACUGGAAUGACAAGACUCAAGACCGUCGCUUGGGCGCCUUGGAGUUCGCGACACUCGUGCGCCGUCGAGAGAUUGCUAUCGAGAGCAUCAUAUCAAAGUGGAUCACGAAUACCCCUGCGCUGCCGGCCAUUCGAUACCGCAAUACGAUUCUCAAACGACAUGCCUUCGAACAGUGGCGCGUUGCGUAUCCACAAGCGGGAGCUUGGCGGGCUGCUGCCAGUUUAGAUCGACAGCAGCUACUCUCGCAGGCGUUGGCGACAUGGAAGUACACCGCACGCCAGAGACACACCUUGCGUGCCGCUGCGCGGUAUUGUGGUGCUUCUACCGAUCGACUAUGUAGUACUCAUCUAGGAGCGAACAGGCGGGCGGCACCGCGCUUCUCUUCGAGUCCCCAAGCGGAGGGGGGCCCCCGAGGGUCGGUAAGACGAACGAAUUCCGCGUCUCCCUCAGCCUCUCAGGCUGCCCGACGAAUUGCCACGCGCCUAACUCAUCAGCAUGCCACCCGAACAGCCGGGGUCCAUCAUUCCUCUUCGUCGCCAUCUAUAGAUUUGGAUUACGAUUUGCAAGACAUGUAAUGAGUACGAGUCGAGUGCAAAUGGGUCAAGACGG